UGUGAGGUGGCCGCCAUCUUGCGUACGGAGGUGCGGCUUGUUUCUCCGAUCCUGAGGGCUGGGCUCUUGAGUUUCUCCAGAUCUCCGUUUAGGGGUGGUCUUCGCUUUCCUUUCACCUUCACAAAGGUUUGUGUCUUUCUAGAAGGUUCUAUUGGGAGGCAAAGGUCGAUGCAGAGCUGUAGAGUAAGAUGCCUUAUGGUGAAAUUGAAGCUAAAUUCUUGGCACCUAAGGAAGAAGUAACAGGUGAACCACUCUAUAAAAAAUUGAAGUCAGCUGCAGAGGCUUAUGUUUUCCCCCAUCAUGGUAGUGCUGAUUUUCACAGAAUCCAAGGGAAAACUGGAAAUGAUUGGGUCCCUGUGACCGUCACUGAUGUCAGAGGACAUAGUUCUUCUCAGGAGGACAAAACCAAAACUGCACAUUUUCUGAGACCUUUGCAUGAUGAGAUGCCUGGUAAUAGACCAGAUAAUGUUGAAUCUACUGAUUCACGAAUUUUGCAGGAUGCAAGUCCUCCAUUACUAUCCACAGAAGAUGAGAUAUAUAGCACAAGUAAAGCAUUUAUAGGACCCAUUUACAAACCCCCUGAGAAAAAGAAAUGUAAACAAAGGAGGAGUGAGGCAAACAUUCUCAAUGGUAUAAAUGACAAAGGAGGACAAGAGAAACAGAAAUUUAACUCUAAAAAAUCAGAGAUUGACAAUGAAUUAUUCCAGUUUUACAAAGAAAUUGAAGAGCUUGAAAAUGAAAAAGAUGAUUUGGAAAGCAAUUGUAAGGGACCCGAACCUCCUCAGGAACAAUUUAUUCCAUAUUAUCAGGGCCAUAGUAAUGAUCUCUUAAAAUCUGAUGAAGAAAAGAAAGAUCUUAGUAGUGCUCUUCAGUCACAUUGUGGUUAUCAACAGAACUUGGAGAAUGAGCCAGGCAAAUAUCCCUGCAAUGGACAACUAAUACCAACAUUUUGUGACUUUUCAUUUCCUUCCUUCAUGCCUGAAUGGCAGUCAGUGCAUCCCUUUAUAGUACCCCGUGGUCCUCCUAUUCCUAGUUUGAACUAUCAUGCAAAUAUUCAAAGAUUCAAUGCUCCACAAAAUCCACCGUCAAAUAUUUUUCAAGCCCAAGAUGACUCUCAGAUGCAAAAUGGAUAUUAUGUAAAUAGUUGUAAUGUUAACUGGAAUUGUUUGACUUUUGAUCAGAACAAUGAAUAUACUGACUGUAGUGAGACUAGCAGUAGUAUUCAUCCCUCUAGACAUGGCUACAAUAUGCACGAUGGAUAUUUGAGUAACGAUUUCUGUGAAAUUAGAGAAAGAUACUGGGAAGAUCCUUCUAUGGACAAACAUAAUGGAGCAGACAGGCUUGUGAACCAGCAGUUUCAAGAGGAAAAGUUAAAUAAAUUGCAGAAGUUACUUAUUCUUUUAAGAGGUCUACCUGGUUCUGGGAAAACAACAUUGUCUCGAAUUCUGCUUGGUCAGAGUCGUGAUGGCAUUGUGUUCAGCACUGAUGACUAUUUUCGCCAUCAAGAUGGGUACAGGUAUAAUGUUAAUCAACUUGGUGAUGCCCAUGACUGGAACCAGAACAGAGCAAAACAAGCUAUUGAUCAGGGGAGAUCUCCAGUUAUAAUAGACAACACUAAUACACAAGCUUGGGAAAUGAAACCAUACGUGGAAAUGGCCAUAGGAAAAGGAUACAGAGUAGAGUUUCAUGAGCCUGAAACUUGGUGGAAAUUUGAUCCUGAAGAAUUAGAAAAGAGGAAUAAACAUGGUGUGUCUCGAAAGAAGAUUGCUCAGAUGUUGGAUCGUUAUGAAUAUCAAAUGUCCAUCUCUAUUGUAAUGAAUUCAGUGGAACCAUCACACAAAAGCACGCAAAGACCUCCUCCUCCACAGGGGAGACAGAGAGAAAGAGUUUUAAAGACAACUUGGCACAAGCUCAGCAAAACCAAACAGAAGAGAAACAGAAAAAGGAACAAAAAGAAGAGCAGUCAGAGUAAAAUUAUGGAGGAAAACUCAUUUGAAAUCUUAAGUCGCCUUACACCAGGUGGUCAGGACUCAUCUCAAAGUGAAGAGGAAGACUUUGAAGAGAUCAAAAGAGAAUCAGAGUGUCCCUUCACUGGUGGUCCACAAAAUGAAGUAGGAGAUUUUGUAAACGGCUAUAAAGAACAGAGAUGGAAAAACGUAGAUCCUGAAGACAGUUUAGCAAAUGUUGUGUCUAUAGUCGAGUUGGACAACACACCAAAGAAUUACCUCCCCAAGGAAGGUGACGACCGGUUUCUACGUCUGUCAUUGGUGUCAAAUGAAAGCUCUGUUACUCGCUCAGCAUUGACUCAGAACCUUCCCUGUGAAAUGAGUGAUGACUGCCCUGGCCUGGAGGUAGCGAAGCGUAUCGGCAACAGGCAGAGUGUAGCCUUGGACAUCCAGGACCUGUUUGCUGAAGCCCCAUUCUCAUUCAUGAAGAAGAGAGUGAUGGUAGAUCAAAGUCUCCCAAAUGAACCAACUCUGUGCCGUCAACAUGGAUCCAGAACUUCAGACAAAGUUUUAACAGAGGAACAAGGAGAACCUGCAACUAGAAACAGCGAUUGGGCUUUUUUCACAGUCAGUUUAUCUGGUGGAGGAUUACAGCGGGACUCUGAUAGACAACUCUGUUUUGGUGGCUGGCCUGAGGGACCUCAUAAGUUUGUAUGUGAACAGAGACCGAAGAAAGAUAGAUCACGUAAGCUGGCCUGUCCUCACAGCAGUGGGCCGCUGAUUAAACUGAUCUGCACUUCUGAAGGAGCAUCAGCACCAGGACACGGUUCGGAAAUAUCGAUGGAGGAGAAGCUACUGAUAGAAAAUGAAGAUUUUUCACCCCCACCUGAAACCAUAGAUUCAUUCAUAGAAACAGAAACAAAUAUCUUCAAAAGAUGCUUACCUCAACUGGAUAUACCAGAGAAUGCCUUAGAAUCAACAAAGAAUAAGAAAAGGAGGCAGAAAAGGAUUUUCAAUUUGGCACCAAACUUUAACUUACUGGGACAGAGUCAUAUUAAUGCAGAAAAAGAAAGGGAGAAACAUGGCCUGUUAAUACAAAACCAUGGACUAAAAAUUAUUUUGGGAGAUGAAAAAGAUAGAAUUUCAGAAAUAAACAAUGAAGAGGAGAAUAAGCAGAAACUUAUGACCUUUGAUCGUCAUCCAUCGUGGUUUUACCUUCAUAUUAUGGAAGUUCCCCCUCUGUUUAUUGGUGGACAAUUUUAUUCUCAUUGCCUGUCAUUUAACAGAUUAAGGCACUCUGCCUAUUUUUACAAAAAUGCUAUUCCUUCUCUUGUGCUACGCUAUAUAUCUAGCUUUUGGAAGAUGUCUUUUACAAAGAAGAAACUGUUUUUGACUUUCGAAUCUCAGACAAGAGUAGGCAAUAAACUAAACGACAUAGGGUUUAUUUCUUCAGAAAUUUUAAGUAGCCAGUCUGACACUUCGUGCUCUUUGAGGGCCACUUCUGAUCGUCACCUUUCAAAUGAAAGGUUUGAUGAAAAGCUGAAGAGCUGGGAAGAACCUAAGUACUUAGAGCGCCUACCAACCAAGGAUGGCCACGACGUACCAAGCGCUGACUUUGGUUCCCUUGGGCUACCGUUAUCACGAGGGUUUGCCUCUCAGCUAGUAACGCUUUUUGGAUCUCCAGGAGUUCCAAUGGAAUCCUUGUUGCCUGAUGACUACGUGGUUCCCCUUGACUGGAAGACUCUGAAGAUGAUCUAUUUGCAGUGGAAGACAUCAGUGGAGAAAAGACAAAAGAAGAUUGGUUAAAAAAUGAGAAUUCCUUGAACUCUGAGUUCCCCUGCCUUCCUGUGCUGCUGAAGAUCCUGAUCAUCCGGAAAAGUCAGAGUGCUUGGUGCCGACCCAAAGGGUUCAUUCUUUCCAGAGACAUACCCAUUGGAUACCAAAUUCGCUUGGAUAAUCUGUCCAGCCAUUCUUGCUAAGUUAUCUGAAUAAUAAAAAACUCAACGAAAGAGGAGACUGCUGGCACUUGCUUGGUGAGGCAGAUACGAAAUCAGGCUACGAGAAGGCGCCUCCACAAGAUGACGCGUGCGAAGCAGUAAUCCGCGCACGGCUGUGGGCUCUCUGUCGGAUCAUGUGUGUGGCUUGGGGAGAAGGCUAUCUGUUUUUUUCAAGGUAAGAGUCUGGGAAAGGGGAAGGGAGAAAUGGAGAAGGAAAAACAAGCACGCACUUACUGAGUGCUGACUGUGCCUGGCCCUUUGUAGACACCAGCUUAUUGGAUCUUCACCGUGAUCCUAGGACGUCAUUUUUAUUUUAUAGAUGAGGACAUUAGGAUGGGAGAAUCACACAUUCGAUUCUGAGACCCAGGAGAUUUCAUAAUAAGCAGAGUGGUCUUAUAUCACCAGGGACGCUGUGGAGAUACACCCCUCCGUCACUUUCACCGUCAG